CUUUUUUGUUUUCCAAAUUCUCAACAACACUGGCAACAUACAAUCCUCAAAAGUUAGCAAACACGACGACGUCGUUUGCGUCGCUGACGCUACGGCUGCCCCUGCUGCUCAGCGUUCUGUUCCCCGUGCAGCCGGCAGCACCAACGUCGUCGUCGUCACCCCAGCCAGCGCAUCGGCAUCGGAACACUCGGAGAGUCCGAGUAGCAACACCAACACCAGCAUCAUUCAGACUUCGGCAGCCAUACACAAACAUAACAGUAACGACGACGACAACAUCAACAUCUCGCCCACUCCCACCCCCAUUCCCAGCAACAAGACCACCAACGCCGCACAACCCACCACCUGCACAACAGCAGCAACAGCAACACCAGGUUCCGUAUCCAUCUCAACAGCAGCAGCAACAACUCAAGCAUCCGUCCCCACCACCUGCCCCCCAUCUGCAGGAGCGACAACAACAAAAGCAUCCAAAAAUAAGAGAACCACAAGAUUUGCCACUGAAAAGCGAGACGCCAGCGACGAUAAUAACAUUACACCACUGGAACCCAUUGUCGUCACCUGCUCACCCUCACCCACAGCCGCAACAACUGCCAGCAACAGCAACACCGCCGUCGUCGCCGCCGCCGCCGUCAUUGCCGCCUCCUCGGCCAGCACGAGUAAACGCUCGCCAACGUUUACAGCUGUUACAUCUCCCGGCCAGCAACAGAGCUCUGUUAGCCAUCAACAGAGCCAUAACACCCCCACAACAGAGGCUGUGUGUAUCCUCGGAGGCGGUGGCGGCGUAGGCCCACUUCCGAAAUCGGUCACUGCAUCGUAUCUGCGCUGUGCAACGUGUGACGACUUGAGGAGGCAGCAAUAUCCUCCCCGUUAUUCUCUGAGUGGUGCUGGUGGUGGCACGACCAGGGGUGGCAAGGCAUCAUCAUCAUCGUCGGCAUUUGCUGCAACCAACAACACGUCUACGUGCCGAGAGUGCGCUGUUGCUGCAGCUGCAGUGUCGACAUCAUCAUCGUCGGCUGCUGUCGCUGGCGCUGGUGCUGGUGCUGCUGCUUCCGGAGACUAUCAACAUCACCAAAAUAAUCGCCCUGUGUGCACGGACAAUAAUAUGAGGAGUGGCAGUUCGGAAUUACUACUCGAGCAGCAACAACAAGAGUUACGGUUACGUAAACUACGAGAACUGGCUCCGAAAAAGAAAAAUGGUAACCGGCGCUUUCGUUCGUGGCGCGAACGUGCCCGCUUUUACGCUACCUCCACACUCGCCUUCUUCUCGGUGACCGCCGGUGCCUCGCUACUGUUCCUCGUGCCCCUCUACGUCGAUCCGGCGAUAUCGACCCUCAGCCACGACUUCAUCGAGAAUCCCACGCUCUGCACCACAUCGCGCCGCGAAGAUCUCGUCGGCAUCUUCAACUGCUCGUGGAGCUCGUGCCGCGAGGGCUGCACCUCCGAUCUAUACAAGUGUGUUCAUAUCUAUGUGACGUUUAUCGAGGACAAUAUCACGAUACCCGAGAACAUGACCGACUACACGAACUACACGGCCGACUGGACGCAGUCGGACGAGGCGACGCUGCUCGUCAACAUCAAGGGCUGCGGCUAUCCGCCCACGGUGACGUGCAAAACGUUCAAUGCAUUUUACGGCGUCGAGGGCGCCAUCUAUCCAUGCUACUAUUCGCGCAAAAACAAAACGGUCGUUCUCACGUCGUACAGUCACGACGACCAGGUCCACGUGAUUGUCCACUUCUUCGCCGUGCCAUUUGUGAUAACACUGAUCUCAUCGAUAGCUUUGUGCAUCAUGCACUGUGACUGCCGCUGCAAAAAGGAUCGCAGCCAUCGGCGCAAUCGGCCGCAGUGCCGAAGGCCGCGAAUUGAUAAUUUAAGUGAUACUUCAAUAUCAACCCGUGUGGAUAUGCUGACGCCGGCCAUUGAAGUUUACAAACCACCGCUCUGACAUAAGGAUGACACGGUGGAGAGCAAUUUAGGUAAUCCAUCGACGAGUAGUGAUUUUUAGCAGAAGCUAAUAACGACCCGUGUCGAGCUUAAUAAUGCAGGCUACAACAUGCCAACAACAGCAACAACAAGGACAUCAACAGCAUCAACGCCCACAACCGUCAUACAUGUGACAGCAUUGCCCCCGACAACUACAGCAACAGCAACAAGUACAACCAACACGACAGCAACAAAUGCAACUACGACAACAUCAUCAACAAAAGCAACUUCAACAACAACAACAGGGACUGGUACUAAAACAGCAACAACAACUACUACUACUACAGCGACGAAGACGAUGACUACGACCACAACAGCAACUACUAGUUCUACUACGGAUAAUCUAUUUGUUCUUCCAUCAUAGUGUCAAUCAAACUAUAUAAAAAUUAUAACGAAAUAACAACAAGAACAACACUCUAGCAAACGAAUUAAAAACCGGAGAAAAAUGUAAAUUGAAAAAGAAAAAUUUGGGGGAAAACCAUAAAUCUCAUGAAAAUCCAGAACCAGAAUUAACAACAACAACAGCCACAAUAUUAAAUAAGGUAACAAACAGCAGCAGCAACAACAACAACAACAAUGCCCAAACGAAAUCAACUAAACUGAAACACAACAACAUCAACUACAGUAACAAAAAAAACCAAACCAAACAUGCACAUAUAUAAAUAAAUAUAUAUUUAUAUAUAUCUACUACUAAAUAAGUUCAUAAAUAUAUAUAUUUUUAGUGGAACAAUAAGAGUGGGAGAAAGAGAGAUGGAGAUAGAGAGUCGUAGAAAGGCCAAGCCUAUUGUUGGAAGGGAUUUUAUGGUCAAAUAAAUGAAUGAAUGGAUGGUCAGACGGCCGGUCAACUAUUUAGGAAACAGCCAAACAAAAUUAUAAUCAAAUCCCCCCAAAAACCCAUAUUAUGUAUACAGUCACACACACACAUAUAUAUAUAUACACAUCUAAUAAGGUAUAUAUUUUAUAAAUUAAUUUAUCGCCCUGGCUAAGCGAACACAAAACACAACUUUAAUCUGACCCGAAAACCAUAGAAAAAAAAUUUCCGACAACACACACACACAUAUAUAGGCAGAUAAACAUAAUAUAUGUAAUACCCCUUUUACACACAUAAGCAAGGACAAUAGGACUGAUAACCCAAACAUGG